CCCCUUGGAUCCCUUUUAGGUGGAGAGGUGAGGACGGAUGCUGAGUUAGAACACAUGGCUAGCAGGGUAUUGGCUGUGGUUCUACAGGGGGUCUGGACUAUGACAUCAGAAGACACCAGCGACCCUGAGAUGGGGGCUCUUCUCUCAGGCAUUCUCAAGAACAUCCCCAUGGUGUUGAAUUCUGCUGCAGCUAGAGAAAGCUCUGAAAGUCAGAGUCUCUUGGAGAUGGUUGACAUUGGACAGAGAAUCAACCCAGGGUCUUUCCUCUCAGAUGAGCACAUCAGCCGUAUUUGCUCAGACAUGGUGACCAGCGCGUACAGCACCGCCAGGUUCUCUGUGUUGGAGGACAAAUCUCUAGGCUUCACUGAUGACAGAACCCUGUCUCCUCCAUCACCGCUGUGUCAGAAGUCCCAGUGCUGCCUGACGGCUGGGGAAGAGACAGGCAGGGCUCCCUCUCUCUCAUGUUCCUCACACUGCAGCCAGACGUCAGGGCAAAGUACUGCCUCCUCCUCCUCUGGUCGUCAGAGUCCAGACGAGUUCUUCACUCCUGAGGUGAAGCAGAGGAUUAUCAUGGCUGUGGAGGAGAUCAUCACAGAGGGCAGUGAGGACGAAGCCUCUGGAUCCACUGAGCUGUGUGAAGCUGUGUCACUAGGUUCUCGCCGCACCACUCCCACUACCAGCCUGGCAGCCAGCAACAUUUUGUCUGUUGUUCUGCACAGCCUAAAGGACACUAUUGGUGCUGUUCUGUCCAAAGAGGUCGCCAGGCCAGAGUUGGAAAAGGCUAUCAGCCAAAGCCUGGUCAACUCUGUGAUGGUGACCCUGAAAAGUCUGCUGAUGCUAGAUGCCCAGUUUCCUGUGGUGCAGGGGGACAACUCAACCCUGAAGACCACAGAGCAGAUCCCAAAUGGAACUAUGGAGACCCCAGAGCUGAUCCCAGCUAUAACCAUGGAGAGCUCAGAGCUGAUCCCAGCUGUAACCAGGGAGACCUCAGAGCUGAUCCCAGACAGAACAAUGGAGACUCCAGGGUGUUCCUCAGACAUAGCUGUGGAUAAGAACCACAUCUCCCUCCAAGAUGAGGACAUGGCUUAUGAGGCCAACAUCACCGCCAACUCUAUCUUUUCCUCCAUCGUGGAUCUGGUGAAUCCCAAAAUGGUCAGAAGGUCCACCUCAUCCAGUGGGGGCUCUCAGUAUACAUGCCCCAUGCGUGCCUUCCUGGACUCCAAGGACCUAGCAGGGUUCCUUCGGAGUCCUAACCUCCGCCGCUUCUCUCAGCAACUGAUCUGGCACGUGGCGCAACUGAUCCUGGAGUCUAAAAUGGCGAAGACGAAGUCUGUGAGAAAGUGUUUUUCAUACACGACAGUUGACAACCGGAGUGGAGGCCUUGACUUGUCCACAGAGUUCCCUAAUGAGCUCCUCUACAGCUUUGUGGAGGGGGCGGUCAAGAACCUUUUGGAGACCUUCCUGAGUGUUCCACACAGCCCUCCUGUGGAAUCCUUCAUGGAAGAUUACAGCUGCAUGGAAGAGAGGAACUGGGUGGUCUCUCCCACCCUCUCUCGAAGCAGUAGUGCAUGCCUGGAGAAUGAUAAUGACUCCACAAUCACACAACAGUCAGGUGAAGUGGGCAUCAUCAAGCCCAGCUCUAGGAAAACCAUCAAUGCUCUUCUAUCUGACAUGCUCAUUGACAGUGUCAGAGAACUUCUCCAAGAGGGUCGUGAUGAGGGUGAGCUUGAUCAGACUGCUGCCAGAGUGGACGAAUGUCUCCAAGAGGCUUGUGAUGAUGACGAGGUUGAACGUACUUCAAACAACGCUUGCAUGAUGCCGGCCAUGAUGAUGCCGGCCACUAAUAGUGAUGUCACUGGCUGUGAGAAGAACCCUGACUCCCUUUGGAUGACAGGGGAACUGGACGAGUGCAGAGCUGAAUCAGUGGACUCAGCCGACACAGAGCACAGCACCUCAUCCUUCAGGCAGUCAAUUCCCAGGCAGACUUCCUUCAAGGCAUCAGAUGCCUCCUCACUGGCCUCACUGGAGACGGUGGUAAACCUCAGCUCUGCUAACAAUGCUGCAUUAACAGCUGACCGUCAGAACAUGGCCGUAACUCAGAGCAGGACAGGGGCAGCAGGUCACAAAGGCUGGUACUGCAUCCCCUGCUGCCACACUGCUGAGGGGACUCCCACUGAGGUAACAACACUGUUAUCACUAUAUCUCACAGACUAUUAUACAUUCAAUACAUUGAAAUGAAGUAUCUUCAUUUCAAUGAAUUGAUUAGAAAACUACAUUAUAGCAAACAAAUGAAUGUCAAGUCAAUGUCACGUUGUACUUCUGCUGUUAACAGCAGCCUAAGGUGCCUACAACUCUAUCGAAGACAGCAAAGUUUCAGAACAAACGCCAGAAGAAAUCAUCCAAGCCUUGUAAAGGAAAGAAAUUCAAUAAUUCAGUGGCACCCC